AUGGAGAUGAUAAAGAACGUGUAUCAUACCACGGAGAAGGCAAUUUGGGGCGAACAGCGGCCCGAAGCGACCCGCGAGGAACCCAUCUCUGGCGUGAAAGGCGAGGGAACACCAUCUGACCCGUACGAUGCUGGAAAUGUUACUGGCGAUGAACCAAUUUCCGGAGUGCAGGGGCAAGGAACUGCUUCGGACCCGUAUGAUGCGGGCAAUUUGUCACCUUCCGAACCAGUAGGACAUUCAGAAUGUCACGUCUUUGGCCCUGCAAGAGGGUCGUUUGACCAGGGCAUCAGUCACCAUUCAGGUGCAGGAACCUCCACCCUCCCUGACUCCUCACCUGGCGUUCCACAGCCGUCAGGGAUUUUGUCAUCUGGCGCUGCAGACACCGGAUCUUCGAUGGCGCACACUGGACAAGCCUAUAUUCCUCUGACAGAGGAUAGUAAGGUCAAGUCCGUCGGUUCGGUCCCCCGGGGAAAUGGCCCAUCCACUCUUGGUGGCAGAGAACCGUUUAAAACCGCACCCUCUGAUGCCCCAGGCACUGGUCCCACAGAGCCAGCAGGAUCAACACACCCAACGUCCUCUCCCACGGCCCAAGCAUCCACUUCGCCAUCAAUUAAGCAGCAAGACCUUGGCGGUCAACGGAGGACCUCUGCGCUUGAACUUACUGAAGCGUACCACAAUCGAGCUGGACUGGAAGGCUCCCCUAGCCAAUCCUCCCCUACAGCAUCGGCAAAAAGGUCAUCAGCCGAUUCAAGCAACGAACAAACCAACCCUGCGAAGGCAAGAGGUGGAGGACCAGAACAGAAACCAGUGGAAGAGAAGGUUGUUCGGAGCACUGGUUUUGCCGCUGAGGGCGGGAACUUUGACGCUUCAGAACCUGGAGCUGGAAAGGAGGCUGAUCGGCUCCUUGAAGAGCAACAGAAGAGACAUCCAGAUGCAGCCCCUGUCAAAGGCGCUAUGCUCGAGAAGGAGAAAUCUACUGAGCACCAUGGUGGACUCUGGACAGGAACCCAUAAAGCUGGAAUCUCAUUCUCCAAAGCAAAGGAUAAAUUGCACAUUGGAAAGCAUCAUGACAGUUAA